AUUAUUUUCCCUUAAGUCGGAACUGAUGACAAGGCUUAAAGUAUUAUAACGGAUAUCAAAAAUCACAAUGGCAACAUUUAACCAGCCUCAAUCUGUGAUUACCCAGCAAGUUACUGUUAUGAAAAGACCUGAAUGGAGCACAGACAUGUGUGACUGUUGUGAUGACAUGGGCAUUUGUUGCUGUGCUACCUGGUGUUUGCCGUGCUUCAUGUGCAAGACAGCCAGUGAUUCUGGCCAGUGCCUAUGUCUGCCACUGCCCGACCCCGUGAUGUGCUGUUUUCUUAAGUUUACACCUGUGAUAAUUCCUCCUGUCUCUCUUGCCAUGCGAGUAUCCAUUAGGGAAAGAUACGGCAUUCAGGGGACGAUCUGUGAUGACUGCUUCAUGGUCGGCUGCUGCUUCUCCUGCUCCUGGUGCCAAAUUGCGAGAGAACUCAAGAAACAAAAGCAGCCUCUGACCAUUGUGAGUGCCCAAACCACAACAUUCAAUGUGGUCCAGACAGCCAGGCCACCCCCCUACAACUCCAUAUACUAAUGUUUCAGUCCUGUGAAUUAUAUGAUGCAACAUACAGUGGAUGCUGUCUCAUAUGCAAUUACUAAACGUGUAAAGUUUGCAUUGUUUUUUUUUUUGUUGUUCAGCCAUGUUCAUUUAGUGUAUCCCUGCAGACACCAUAAGGAGACUUACUGUAGGUCCGCUCUAAUGGGACGAACCUGUGAUCACACUUUGGGACAAAAGAAAUAAAACAUGUGACUGCCAUACCUAAACACUCUGGAGCUUCUCAGUUCUAAAUUAUGGAGAUUAUUACAAACUCUGGUGGGCUUUAGCAGUGCAGUUCUAUUCAUAAUUUGUUUAGUAAAUGAUUGAUUGCCAUCACAAAGGCUUUGAAGUAAUGGUUUAAUCAGAAGCGUUAAUAUGCUUAAAAUAUGUAAGAGAAGAUUUGUCCAUCAUGAUCAAAGGGGACAUUCAAAUUGAAAAGUCACACUAUUAGUAAGACAGCAUGUGAAGACAAUAAGAGGCAGCUUCUACUGACUGAAAAGCCUCAGGGUUC